AUGAAGAAGCAAGAAAAAGGAAACGAAGUUGUCACUUUCGAAGAAAAUCCUAGCACUUAUGUUCAUCAUCACACGAAAAAAGCCUCAAUGGUUUUAAGUGAGCAAGAAAUAGAGGUUAUUCUACAAAGUAAUAAGGAGACAUAUAAUGAAAAAUUAGAAAAAAAUACGAAAGAGAAUGCUGAGAAAGUUGGUAUUGAAGAAGGAAAUGGUUCAUCUUCAAAGAUCACGCCAUGCAUUUUCUACACAUCUGAUGAAAAGGCACGAUUGAGGUGGUCAAGCGACCUUCACGAUUGCUUUGUUAAUGCUGUGGAAAAACUUGGUGGACCUAACAAAGCGACGCCAAAAAGUGUUAAAGAGGCAAUGGAAGUUGAAGGAAUUGCACUUCACCAUGUGAAGAGUCAUCUUCAGAAAUUUAGACUUGGAAAGUGUAACAUACGGGGUGGAACAAAUCAAUAUGUUAGACAGUCACAAUCCAUGCCUCACAAGAGUCAACAACAACUUCAGCUCAACAAUGAUUGUGUCAAUCAUGACUCAUAUUGCAAUGCAACUUUUUUAUCGGUCACGGUACCACCAACAAUUGAUUCUCUUCAUCAGGACACUUUAAACAAUACAAUUCUUUUUCCAACGACACUACAAGCAAUACCGACAUCUGUGUCACACAAUACGUACAUGAGUUCAUAUCCUUCAUACAAUACUGUUGAAGUUGUUAAAGCUCAGCUCAAUGCAUUACAAGAUUCAAGCACUAGCCAAACACAAGAAACAUUUUCUCGUGAAACCAACUUAUCGUCUAUAGUCACAAGGGAUGAAGCAGAUCCAGUGGAUAAGUAUAUUGAUUGGAACAAAGUUGGAGAAACUGAUAUUGAACAUGAUUCAGUCGAAGUCCUUGAGGCUUUAGGUUUGAAGUAA